AUGCUCUUAUGCUUUCAUAGGAGCAACUUCUCAUAGUGCUGAUCUAAUAAAUCCCUUUAGAGGUUGAAAAAGAAACUUUUGAGGAAGAGAUUGCAGAUGUUCGCAUCUCUUUCAAGAGAACAACUGUCCGAAUUUCGGACUCUAUUAAUUUCUUCGGUUGUUAAUGCAAAAGAAACUUUGGAUUUGUGAUUUUGUGAAGAUAUUUACUUUUUAUUCUUUCAUAAACUGAAAGGAUAUAUGAUUCAAACAGGGACAUUGUUUUGAUCUUAAGAGAAAAUUUUGGAGAUUUUUUUUUAUGUGGUAAAAUAGUCCCUACCUUUUUUUGUGUGCCAUGCUCUCCUUAAAGUUCCUCUACAACAGUCCUUUAGGAUCUUUUGUCACCGGAUGGCGAAAAAAGAAGCGAGAAGGAAAGUCUGGAAAAGAAAUUGUUCUGGCCGAUCAAGAUCCCACUCUUGAUAUGGAUCCUCUUCGAGCGGCCUACAUUCGCUCUAUACCCAGGGCUCAGUGGUUCAAAGGAGUUCUUCUACAGGGAUAUCUCGUCCAUCCCAAUAUCUUGCAAGGGCUGGACGACUUCGAAGUUAGAGAUGAUGACGUAUUUAUUAUUACUUAUCCCAAAUCAGGCACAACUUGGACUGAGGAAAUUGUGUCACUCAUUUACAAUGAUGGUAAUCCCAACAAAGUGAAGAACAAACUACUCAACUACCGCGUAGAGCAUCUGGAGGUUGGCCGACCUAUAGGCCACAUGCGACACCUCAGGAAACUCAAGUCACCCAGAUUAAUGGCCACACAUUUGCCGUUACCACUCAUACCCAAGCAGCUGCGGCAAGGAAAAUGCAAAAUCAUCUACGUGGUUCGAAAUCCAAAAGACAAUGCAGUCUCUUAUUACCAUCAUCAUCGCAUGAGUACCUUCCUGGGAAAUUACAAAGGAUCAUGGGAUGAUUUCCUCCAUCUUUUCAUGAAGGGAUAUUUAGUGUAUGGCUCGUGGUUUGAUCACGUUUUACCCUACUGGAGGUUCUGCCAAGAACAUCCAGAUAGAAUGCUCUUCAUUUCAUUUGAACAGUUAAAACUGGAUUUGCCAGGCAUGGUAUCUAAGAUUGCUUUCUUCUUGGGACGCCCACUCUCACCAGAGGCCAUAGAGGCCAUUUCAAACCACUGCACGUUUGAGCAGAUGAAAAGCAAUAACAUGGUCAACAGAGAAGUUCUGCCUAUUUCGGACCUCUUUGAUAUGACUCAGUCGAAAUUUAUGAGAAAAGGCAUAAUUGGAGACUGGAAGAAUUACUUCACCGAGGAGCAGAAUGCGAUUUUCAACAAGCUAUAUAAUGAGAAGAUGCAAAACAGCAAUUUGGAGCUAAUAUUCCAUCCAGAUGAAAUUGAUAACCAGAAUAAUAAUGACAAUGAGACAACUAAAAGUCUGGACAAGCCCAUGGUAAUGCAGAAUGGAAAUAUAAACAAUGCAGCUGAACAUGCUACUUGAUGAUAUCAAAAACUCUUGAUGCUGAGUUUCUUCAGUAAGAUUUUUUAAGCAUUACCAUGAAGCAUUCAUCAACUAAUGGUUGACAUGGAUGUCUCUCACUCUGAGUUAUCCACGCACACAUGAUACAAAGCAAAUAAUUCUUCAUCUCAACUUGCGUCCUUGACUUCCACUGAUUGCACAAAGUACGACAACUGCACAGAUUGCAACAGUGAAAAUGUUCGGUUUUACAAAAGACAUUGUAUAUACUUCAUGAAUAUGGGACGCAGAGAAACCUGGAAAUGGAAAAUUCAAAAGUGGUAGUUUUUUCAGUAUGCUGAAUAUGUAUAUGCUUUAUAUGUAUCAAUAGUAUUCAGUAUUUUAUAAUGUACAUAUAUUACGAUUCAACCAAAGCUUUAGAUGGAAGUUGAAGCUUGAAUUUAAAAAAAAUCUCAGUAGAAUAUUUUAUGCAGAUAGUUUUUUUAGUAAUUCUUUCAUGAAAAGAAUGAAAUGAACUUAUAUUUUGCACAAGUUAUAAAAUUAGUAGCACUAAAGCUUGAAUUUGUGAAUCUGAAUACAGAACCGUAUUUUUGCAAGUAUUUCAGCUAAUAUAUUUUAGAAUAUAGUUUUUCCAGUUUUUGCCUUUGUAUUCAAAAUAUAAUCAAACUUUAGAUAACUGUCUUUUAGUAAUUAAUUCGCUCAUAAUAAAUGCUAGUUUCUGUAAUAGAUUUGGUAAAAACAGACAAUCUAGUUUCUAACUGAUAGAAAUCUUCUAGAAUUCAAUCUCAUUCUUAAAAUUUUAUUUUAAAACUCGCAUUAUGUAAAAAUCUUUGUCGCAUGACAACAGUAUUAAAAAGUAGAAGCAUAAGUUAAUACAAAAUUGUUUUAAUAGCAAGCUUUGUAAGUAGUUUUUGUUCUAAAGCUUUCAUUAAAAAAACCAUACAUUAAUAUAAACAUACUGUUUUUCUACUGUUACUGUGAAAAAUAAUCAAAUUUGUUCAGUAUGAUAAAAUAUUGGUAAUAAUAAUGCCAUAUAAAAAAUCAUUUUUCAAAAUUUAACAAAUAAAACUAGCAUUAAGAAAAGAUAUCAAAAAUUUCUGAAUGGUAUGAAAAUUAUUAAAAAUAUUAACUUUUGCAUGAGUAAUUUUAUGUUGCUAUAACAUGUUCAUAUUUAAAUAUAUAUAAAAAAGAAUUUUUUUAAGAAAGCAAAUUCUAAUAAAUGUCAGUAAAGUAUUUUCAGUUUGCAAUUAAUUAUUUAAUAAGAAUGCUGGAAAUACAUAAAAAUAUUUAAUGGAAAAAAGAUACAUUUAAGAAAUAGAAAUUAACUAAAAGCUGGCAAAUCAAAAAAUUUAAAUCAUAUUUUUAUGUGGUAUUUAAGUGAAUCUUUUAUUAACUAUUUGCUUCAUCAGUAUUAUGAAUUUUGUGAUGUGCCUCACUUUAUCAACAUAAUGGCUUUUUAUACUAUUCAUUAAUACAUCAAAUUUUUAUAAUUAACAUUAAUACUACUAAUCACUUUCACAUAUAAUAUAAAAUUAUGCUACUGUAAAAUAAUUUAUUCUUGGAGAUUUUAGUUAAGUAUAGAAACAUUUGAUAAUUUAUUCUGCUUGUGGUAAUUUUAAAUAAAAACAUUAUAAUAAAAGUGGGAAGAGAAAUUCUAAGGCCUUGAGCUGCCUUUUGAAGAAAAAGAAGGAUGAAAAAAAAGAUUUGCCUUAUUUUGUUUGAAUUAUAAUAAAUCUUGUACAUGUAUUCAUAUAUAAUGUGAAAAAUCAUAUUUCAUAUUAAUUUUCUUAUGAAUUCCAUUUCAGUCACUGGUCUUUGCAAUUAUGGUGAAAAUUUUUGUUAGUAGUCAUGUGUUAAUAUUUUAUGUAAAUAUCCCAUCAUUAUAACAAAUGUGAGAGGUCUAAUAUAGUGAGAGUUACUUAAAAGUUACAUAAUUUCAGAAUGAACCUGUGAUGUAUGGACUUAAAUAUUAAGAUUGUAAAUGUAGAUUCUUUUCUAUGUACAGGGUUCGUAAUAAAAUAUAAAACUCUC